UGGCACAGAUAUUUCUACGUGUGAAUCCGUUUUUGAUUCGCCAGCGACCGUCGCGCUCUGUCCCUGCGAUAGAAGUUUGACACUUCGACCUUACGUGACCUUUUGUACGCUUCUGUCUUACGAGAACUGCGUGGAAGAGACGUGUCCACGGCGCACGACUUGAAGAAAUCUAAACGUAUCGUGGCAACUUCGCAUUCGAGGGAUCCGAACGUGGUCCUACCGGAUUUCGCAGCCACGUCCUUGACAGCUCGAUGACGUCACCAGGAGGGCGUCAUCGAAGACGACAGGAGAACUCGCAGGUCGUGGACGCCACGUCGUGUCAGGGGUGCUGGGGUCCAAGAACGAGUACCACUUCGUUCACCGCGCCGUGCCCCGGGCCCGCACCAAGCGAAGCAUCCCGCACAUGCGCAAACUCCGGGCCGACCCGCAGGUGGAGACAGCUAUCCAGCAGACGGGCUUCAAGCGGGUCAAACGCGGCUACACGGAGCUCAAGCUCGGGCCUGAAAACCUGAGGCUUCAACGGGAGCCCACGGACCCUUACUUCCCGUACCAGUGGUACUUGAAAAAUGUCGGCCAGAACGGCGGCAAGCCCCGGUUGGAUUUGAACGUUGAGGCCGCCUGGGCUCAGGGAUUUACGGGCAAGAAUGUUACUACAGCCAUUAUGGACGAUGGGGUUGACUAUAUGCACCCGGACCUUCGGGACAAUUACAAUGCCAAGGCCAGUUACGACUUCAGUAGCAACGACCCCUUCCCAUACCCAAGGUACACCGACGAUUGGUUCAACAGUCAUGGCACGCGCUGCGCCGGCGAAGUCUCGGCCAAGAGAGACAACGGAGUGUGCGGCGUCGGUGUCGCUUACGAUUCUAAAGUGGCAGGCAUCCGCAUGCUGGACCAGCCAUACAUGACGGACCUGAUCGAGGCAAACUCUAUGGGCCACGAGCCCAACUUGAUUGACAUCUACAGCGCUUCCUGGGGACCCACCGACGACGGAAAGACCGUCGAUGGACCCCGCAAUGCCACCAUGAGGGCGAUUGUCCGUGGCGUGAACGAGGGUCGCCACGGCCUCGGCAACAUCUACGUGUGGGCGUCGGGCGACGGCGGGGAGGACGACGACUGUAACUGCGACGGAUACGCGGCUUCCAUGUGGACCGUGUCCAUCAACUCGGCCAUCAAUGACGGCGAGAACGCGCAUUACGACGAGUCCUGCUCGUCGACCCUGGCCUCCACCUUCAGCAACGGCGCCAAGGACCCGCACACUGGCGUGGCCACGACUGACCUGUACGGGAAAUGCACCAAGACGCACUCUGGGACAUCGGCAGCUGCACCCGAAGCCGCCGGUGUGUUCGCCCUCGCGCUGGAAGCAAACCCCGAGCUGACCUGGCGGGACAUCCAGCACCUGACCGUGCUCACCUCGAAGCGCAACUCGCUGUACGACAGCAAGAACCGCUUCCACUGGAAGAUGAACGGCGUCGGGCUCGAGUUCAACCACCUGUUCGGCUUCGGCGUGCUGGACGCCGGCGCCAUGGUGGCCCUCGCCAAGAUAUGGAAGACGGUGCCCGCGAGAUUCCACUGCGAGGCCGGGUCGUACGUCAAGACCAGUGAGUUCAAGGCUAACGAGAGCCUAAAGAUCUACCUGGACACGGAUUCGUGCGCCGGUACGGACACCGAGGUGAACUACGUCGAGCACGUGCAGGCCGUGAUCACCCUCAAUGCCACGCGCCGCGGAGACGUCAAGCUCUUCAUGGUCUCCCCGUCUGGAACGCGGUCUAUGAUCCUGAGCCGUCGACCGAACGACGACGACAGCCACGACGGCUUCACCAAGUGGCCCUUCAUGACCACGCACACCUGGGGCGAGAACCCGCGCGGUCGCUGGACGCUCGAGGCGCACAUGGACCGCGGCACCGGAGGCGCCAAGGACUCCGGUUCGGAUGACGCCGGAGGCGAGGCCCGGGGCUUCCUCAAGGAGUGGACGCUCAUGAUACACGGCACCCGGGACCCGCCCUACGUCGACCUGCCGGCGCACGACCACAACUCCAAGCUCGCCAUCGUCAAGAAGGCCCACGAGUCGACGCGUCGGGGAGCCGCGGCCCUCAAAGCGAGGUCCAGACCCUGAGGGGGCUCCCGCCGCGCACGCCAGCACUCCGGACGACGCCUAACGGAAAUGAAGCAAAAAACGAGACGACGAUGAAGAUGCACGACGCGCAAGGAACCGAGGGAAAAAAAAAAGAACGUACUGAGGAACCUGCCGGGAACCUCGAAGGCUAUCGGGAGACUGCAGAGCUCAAAUUUUGUUGGCUGUAGUCAGCGGGCGCGCGGCGGCCAUUUUUCGGCCAUCCCUAGAAAUGCGGGAAACGAGGCGCGCGAGACACCUUGCGCCCUCCCUCGGAGGGCGGGUGCUGGAACUUGCGUUAGCGAAGGGGCAUCGCAUUUAACAAAAUGUGAAUCUCCCCAAAAAACUCUUUUGUCAAUAAGAGUUUGAUUGAGAUUGAAACGACCAAAUCGGGAAACUUUUCUGUAAGUUCCUAGCUAUGUCGCAACAAUUUGAUAGCCUCGAUAGGUGAAUCGUUCAUAUUAGCAAAGUGCUGGAAGCUAGAUAUUUAUUCAUAAAUAACUGAACUUUGACGGAGAUGUUCCGAAAUGGGCCUUUAACAUACAUCAAUAAAAUUCUCAUUUUAGCUGCGUUGUUUAGAGAGAUUCGAUUUUUGUUUAAUUUCGAAGGCCUUUCAUUCAUGCAAGUGCUAUGUGAGCGAUCACCGAGAAAGGGAAUCGGGUGGCCCGUGCGCCUGAUGUCCCGCAUUUUUGGCCAAGCGAGCUCUUAACUAGCACUCUGAAAAAAAAAACAAAUUCGAGCUGGUCGGUGCAGAUUCAUCGUGGUGUCGUAGGCACCGAGUAGAACGCAGAAGGAAGAGGAUGCGACAGCAACGCCUUUGUCUGUCUUCAUCCUCUUGUGUUCUGCUUGGCAUCCAAGGCACCAUGAUGGACUCUGAACACCUUUAAUAUCAGGUGCGUCGAAUUUGAGCGUUGCAUCACCGCGUGUGAUUCGAAGCGCGCACCGUGGUGUCAAUGAUGACCAUGGUCGGUGCUACGAUCUCGCCUGAUCUCACCACGUUGUCUGGUGAACCAAGACAGAUUAAGGCAGGCCAUUCCAGCGUUUCACAACAAAAUGAGGCGAUGGGCUACAAGCGCAAAAACUCCUGUACAUACUCUAUAUAUACUCUAUAAUACUAUAAGGCGUGCACAGACAGCCUGAGUACUUGUGUUCUUAUAUAAUUUUUUUGUUUGCUGUUAUUCAUAAACUUUCAAAAAGCAAUUACUUUUGAAGUCUAUCUACAAGAAAAAUCUCAAAGGACGUUAACUCGUCAACGACUUGGAAGUCUUGAUUUUCUCUUGUCCAUGCAGCCCGGAAAAGCCGCUCCCGUCUGUCAUGGUGCACCGACAGCUGUGGAAUCCAGACCACCUGUCCUGCUUUCGGUACAGGGAAAGCUCGUUUUGUGAUGGCGAAUCACCACCCAAUGCAUUGCGCCCUAGCUUAGAAAAGCGAUCCGCUGUGGGGUCAUCUUGAGCCAUUGCACUUAAGCCAACUGCAGCCUACAAAUCUGAGCUCUGUAGUCGGAAAUCGGAAGGAUAUUUGUCUGCAAGCUGGUCUCCGACGAGAUUUCUUGCCUGAACCUGCAGCUUGUUUUUCUUUUUUAGAGCUUGAUGCACCGCAAGUUCUGAGCUCUACAGUGAUUCUGAACGCAAUUCAGAAACCCAUCAGCUCGGCUGAACAGAGUAAUAGAGGUUGCAAGACGGCGUUGUUCAUUCAAAGCAGCACCUACAGCAUGCAACAUUGUCUCUUAGGUUACACCAGAUAAGACUAACUUCUAAAGGCUCAAAGGCUAAAGUUUCUAGUUCAGAGAUUGCGACCUAGAGUUCCGACACAUUUUCAUUUCAUUUCAUUUCUUAUACCUUCAAGACCACAAGGUAUUACAGAGGGGGAGUGGGGUAAAAAAAAUACAUUACAAAGAAAACAAGGAAGGCAGCAAGUGAUGUAGUCACGUGUGGGGACCAAAGCGAUGGUGUCGAUUAUGGGCGUACGAAAUUGUGUGUGGUCUUCAAUAUCUUCCUUCCGCUGGUCCAUUCAUUGACAUUUGUAUCAUCCGCUGUCCCAAUAGGUUGUUGCCGUUCCUGUAAACGUAGGAAUAGGAACCGCCCUGUGACAACGAGCCUGGUAUUCGCAAGGACCACUUCCGUCGUACGAUCUCUUCAUGACCCUUCGGUGCGUAAGCACCAAAAAUUUAGAUGGCCAAGUCGGUAGGCAAGGCACCAACCGGUCACGCACAGAUCGUGUGCACGAAAAUCCUCGUUUACAGAACCUAGAUGCUGUGGGCAAAGCCACAGGUUAUCGUCGCCCCCCCCCCCCCCGCCUCCCUGCUUGAUGGAACCUAAAGAAAAGUUGAACUCCAUGCUGAGGCGCUGUGUUAGGAAGCUUUAUUGCCGUCGGGAACUGGUAUACUAUAAUGCUGAAGUUUGUUGGCCACUUCACAUUCUAGACAAGGUUCAAUACGAAACUACUUACAUUUUAUAACCGUGGCAACGUUUUUGCAUGCUUGAAACGACUGUCUUACUGCAAAGCAUGCCGUUGUGGAAGAAGGAAAAGGCGCAAGCUCUUGUGUUAUCUAACGGUGGUGCUGUGGAACUUGCGGUGUAGUAUGCUCGAGAAGAUGCGAGUGUGUGCUGCAUUCUUGUGACAAAUCUUGGGACGCACCAUAUCUUACGUGUUCUUCAGGCUGGAGCCCGCUCCUUCUCUGUAUCGAUUCACUUUGUUACCGUUGUCUCUUACAACGCUUUGUUAAGUUCAAGUGACCUUGAACUAUGAUAGAGAUAAAGAAAUCUAUCAGCCUAGAAGUACUUCUAAAGCAUACGGAACAAAACACGUGUUAUAUUUGCAAUCACAGGGAAGAAGAAAAACUCGCAUCGUCGUUUUGGGCGUUGGCUCUGGCUUGCCUCGUGAGCGGUACGAAGAAUGAAACAAUGUUGAAUGUGCAGUCUUUGUCGGAAGUAUUGAGGUAACGACACACGUCACCAAAGUAGUUGCUGCGAUGCUUUUAAAUGAAUUGGGGUGCGAACAGGAAAAGCGAAAUAUAGACCACGCGGACUGGUGCUGGUCUUCGCUGCGUUUAAGCCGACUGCUCUGCAGUUCGUUUCGAAGUGCCGCUACUAUCACGUUAACCUCUAAACUAGAGGCACACUGUCAAGUUUAAAGAUAACAUCCACACAAUUUCCUAGAGGAAUGACAAAAGCCGCGCUGUUUUUUUUUAUGUUUUCGCGGUUAUUCCUUUCGUCUAAAGGUAACAGCGACCGAAGUAAAAUUUACGGGAACAUUUUAUAGGCAACAUGUAUUGUUCUUAUAAAUUUCACUUCGAGCGAUGCUACAUUUAGAUGUGAUAAUAAAAUAAGCAAAACAUCAAAACCUACAUGACCGUUAGUAUUACUUAAGCUAAAGACACGACUGUUAAAUUCUAAGACUGAAAUUUGAACUUUUCUGGAGGUUACCUUCAUAACAGUGCGCUCGCAAACUAUCCGUAGAACGUUACUAAGUGGCUGACAUGUGCACCCGAAGGCUUCGUAGCGCUUCAGAUGCUGCACUGUGCUGAACUAAGCUGGUUUGACGUUAUAACACUGGACCUGCAUAUAAUAUGUGUCCUGUUCGUGCAACUAAAGUUGGGGGCAUUGGUAAAGGAUUGCGUUAAGCACUCGCUUGGCCUUCGAUGCUCCCCUAGUGCGAUGCGAGCUCAUCCACACGGCCUGGCGACGAGUCUGGCUAGACUGUGCUGUGGCCCGUGUACUUUUGGCAAAGACUGCAGUUAUUUUGUGCUGACAGUGCUUUCAUGCUCUGUGCUCGACAGUAUUUUUCAAUGCCUCCGUUAAAAGAAAAGAAAUAACCGGAAAGAUUUCGGUGCACACACUCUACAAAGGUGCACAUUGAAAAGCAGAGCUCUUUGUAAAGAAAUUAGUCUUAGAUAUGUUGCCUGUUGCAAAUUUUAGGGUAGCACCUUGGAUGUUGAUACGCUGGUGAGUUUGCGUUGGCGUGAGAUGGUGACUACACGAUGUGCUUGUUGCAUCACCGGACAAAUUCGCGCUGGGCCUUGUGGUCCGGGCAAAAACAAAAUGUUCGAUGCACAUGCGAUAUACAUGUAUGAUCAAUCAGGAAAUGUGUUUCUCGAUAGUGGAGUAAAUGUUGUGUUUUAUUUUUCGAUACCAUUUGCUCCAAACAGUGAGGAAUAUGACUGCUGAUUUCCGCGGUGCCCUUUGUUGUUUUGGUAACGCCCGACCGCGAACACCAGGGAAAGUUGUGAAGCGUAGGAUCUGAAAUAUUGUGAUUAUAUUAUUCCUACGCUGAAGAUUAAGUGUGGAUGAGCAUAAUUAAAAAUUACAGUAACCGCGAGAUAACGCGUAGACACAUGAGAUGAAGAACAUCUUCGUGACCUCAUUUGCAAGAAGGCUAUAUACACAAGAUUUGCCGAGUCUUUUGUGAUUUCUCAAGCGCGUGUUACAAUUAAUGCGCACUUCUGAAAAGUAAAGGUCACUGACAAUGAAUUAGCACAGCUCUAAUUAAUUAGACGGUUUGGGCGUGUCGGUACAGCUCUAAUGACAGCAAUGUUUCCCCCAAAGCUCCCCUUUUCCCAUCCCGAAAAAAGAAAGGAGGGCGUUGGGGAGAUGUCAUCGGUAAAUGUAUAUCGACCGAAGAGAUGAGAGCUGUUUAGGAGCUGGGGGACCAGCUUGCUCUAUAAGUGAGGCCCUUACAGUAUUGCUUUAUCAGAGAGGAUCAUUAGAAUAAAAAUGCUCGCUUUGUAGCUGAAAUUAAGGAGAUAAUUGAUUCAUUCAGCUCUUAAGAGAAAGCCUACACUCCGUAAAGAGGGCCAUUCUCGUUGUUAUGUUUGACGAAGCCAGUUUACUUGAGAUUUAUAUCAGCUCCGCCACUACAGAUGCAAAACAGUGGCGACGCUUGAUACGUUGAUCCACAGUGACAGGGGAUUAACAGAAGCUAAUCUAAAUGCACGGGUAAAGCUCAAAUGUGACAUCUAAGCUCGAUCAUGUAGAGGAGGAACCCCGUUCGACCAAGGGAAGAGAAAAAAAUAAAAUAUAUAUUUUUAAGUAUCGAACAAUUAUCAAGUGCGAAUCGACAAAGCAACGACGGCGCUUUAUCAUUUAUUAACCGAGAAUUUCAUUUCGUUCUUCAACUAUUGAGACUUUUUUUCGCAAAUGAUAAAGUACAGUCGACAUCUGGAAGCUGACCAGAGGAAACUGAAACGGUGUCAGUGUGAACAUGUGUCGACAAUAUUACGCACAAUAAAAUCGUUUUCUUUUCCAUUGCAA